UUGUAGUGAGUAUUCAGCUUUAUAUCUUCUUGUUUCUGUUGUUUAACAUUGAUAUUUAAACAUGUCGUUUAGCUGUUGAAUUUAUUUUCUAUUUUGAACUAAGCAUUUCUCUAUUGUUUGGAAAACAUUGGCUGCAAGUUUGGCAGCUUCGUUGUAUGGAACUAGGUUUUAGCCGUGCCCAGUGGUUGUAUGUGUUCGGAGUGUUCUCUCGCGCCUGCGGUCAGUCUGAGAGCUUGACUGAGUAGGGGAAUCUCCCGCGGGUUUUAUCCGAGGAUGAAGGCAUACCUGAACACCCAGGGUUGGGUCUUCAAACUCCAACCCAAAACGACAAGGGUCGGGAGGCAUCAGGACAACGAUCUCUGUUUACGGAAUGCAGGAGUGGAGGAGAGCCAUGCCCUGAUUGAGUGGUGUGAGGCGGAGCAUUGCCACGUCCUCACCGACCUCGACUCUUCCCACGGCACGUACGUGAACGGAUGCCGUAUCCAUAACGCCAGUGUCAGACUGUCGCCAGGAGACCAGCUGCACUUUGGCUAUGGAGGCUCCGCCUAUGAUCUGACGGUGGACAGCAGCGUCCCGCUCCCCCUGCUGGGCAGAGAUCAGAGCGCAGUGCCCCCUGCCUGGGUUUGGGAAGGACCGCCCCUCACACCCCACCCCCCACACGGAGCCCUGCCCCUCGCACGCGCCCGGCCAGCGCAGGAACCAGACGCCCCGGGCAGAGCCACACGAAGUUGGCCUGGCAACACAGGAAGUAAAAGUUCAGCCAGAAGUCCAAUGGUGUCACAGAGCCUGCAGUCCUUGCAGCAUCUCCUGCAAGAGAAGGAGGAACGUGUGUUGCAUCUGGGAGAUGAGGUUUGCCGGCUGAGUGUGUUUGAGAGUGAGUGUGUGAGAAAGGACCGUCUCAUCUCCUCGCUGCGUGACGAGGUGUCCGCGCUCUCACACCAGCUAACACACUCCCAGGCCCAGGUGGACGUCACACACACACUCAACAGCCUGCAGACAGAGAUCAGCCUCAAGACCCAGCAGAUACAGGAGCUCAAGGAGCAGCUGUUGGAGUUGCAGGUGUCUAGUGAGCAGGUUAAGCAGGCGGUGUCAGACAGAGACCUGAAGAUCACCAGCCUCCGAGCUCAGCUGGACAGAAUGAAAAAUGACCACACCAAGAACUUGGGCCUGGUGUCCAGUCUGCAGAGUGAUCUCUCAUCCAAAGACAGACACACACAGAAGCUGACUGCUGAAUUGGACCGACUGCGGCAGGACAUCAGACACAAGGAUGCACAACUGCAGAACCUCUCUAGCAAGUUCUCCAAGAAGCAGCAGGCAGAUACUCUGGCACAUGACAAUGAAGUGAACUCCUUAAAGAAGACUGUGGAGUCGUUGGAGGCGUCUCUAAGAAACAGCCAGAGAGACGUGAGGCUGAUCAGCUCCGACAGAGACUCACUAAUGGAGAGACUUCAGGACAGAACUCAGGAAACAUCAUCUCUGAAAGUGGAACUGGACAAACAGAGACAGCAGUUGGUGGAAACACAGACCCAGCAACACAGUACACAUCAACAACUCCAGCUGUUCCAAAAGCAGGUCCUCCAGGCCACUAACACAGCCACCAACCACACACACUCACCCACAGAGCAGGAGGUGCUGGAGGCUGUGAGAGCGUUGGCUGUCCAGGAGGAGGCGCUGCAGAGUAGACUGCAGGAGCUCCAGGAGCAGCUCGCAGCCAGAGAGGAAGAGCUGGGGGAGCUGAGGAGCUCAGUGGAGGAGGAGAGGAGGAGGAGAGAGGAGGAGAUGGAGCGACUGACACAGAGACUGCAGGAGGGAGAGAGGGAGAGAGAGGAGGAGAGAGAGACACUGAGAAUGAGCCUGGAGGAGCAGAAGAGGAGGAGAGUGGAGGAGGAGAAGAGGACAGAACAGGAGACAGAAGCACUGAGGAGCAAGUUAGAGGAGUUUCAGGCUGCAGGAGGAUGUGUGUGUGUGUGUGUGUGUGCGCCACUGAGAGCCGUCCAGGUCCUCACACACUCUCUGCUGCACACACUCCUCACGCCUCUACUGGCCUCACAGAACCUCCUGAAGCAUGCUGGGCUAGAUGUGGACAAUACCUCAGAUGGACUGGUGUGUGCCAUACAGCUGUUGUGCCAACAGAAAGAACAGUGCCAUGCUGAACUAGAACGUCUGCAGUUAGUUGAAGGGCAGCUUGAAGAAGAGGGUUCUAUUAAGAUGCAGAUGGAGCAACUCAGAGCAGAGCUGGAGUCCAGCAAGACAGAAGAGGCUGUCCUGCAGGAGCGGCUUCGGUCUCUGGAGGCUGAGUGGACCGUCCGGCUGGAGGAGGCGGAGAGGAGAGAGGAGGAGUGGAGAAUGAGUGCGAAAGAGAGGGAGCAGAGAGAGGAGGAGUGGAGGAGGAGAGUGGGAGCAGCGGAGGAGAGGGCGGAGGACCUGAGGAGGAGCCGGGAGGAGCAGGAGGAGGAGGUGCAAGAGAGGGAUGAGAGAGAGAGAAACGGAGAGAUGGAAGACAAAGAGAAUCGGAAUGCUCAGACUAUCAGCCUGCUGGAGGAGAGACUGCAGGAGAUGGAGAGAGAGAGGGAUGGACUGAGAGAACGACUGAAAGACAUGCAGACUGAAUUAAAGGACAAAGCUUCACCCACAUCCCAGAGCCCCACUCACUCCAAACAAGGCUCCUCCCCAGAGGCUGUGGCAUCCCUGAGGGCCUCUUUGACCCGCGCUCAACAGGAAGUGGUUUCUCGUGAUGACAUCAUCGCUGCAUUGAGUCGUGACCUAUCACAGGCCCACGCACGGAUGAGUGACAUGACAGGAGAGCUGAGUGAGGAGCAGAAGGCUGAGCUGGAGAGGCACCGGGUGCUGGUGGUGGAGCAGCGGGUCGAACUGAGCGCGCUCACACAAAGGCUGGCCAUGAUGUCACAGCUCGUGGAGCAGAAGGACAAAGAGCUGAAGGACACCAAGCUCACACUCAGACAGAGCAUAGAGGACAAUCAGAAGGAGAGAGUGAAGGAGCUGGAAUAUCCCUCGCUGGAGCUGAGCAGUCACAAUCCAAAACACACACAGGAAGUGGCAGUGAGUGACCUCUCAGAGCAGGGGUUAAAGUGCAGAGGUCACCGGCAUGAGGAAGUGAUGCGUCUUCAGCAGGAAGCCCUCAGUGAGUUGAGGAGUCGCAUGAGAGCACUGGAGCUGAACUGGCCAAUCAAGCUGCUCUCCCAGCAUCAGGACCCCCCUCAGAAGAAGCCAAUGCAGAACUCCCAGAGGGCUGUGGGGCAGAAGAGAAUGAUUGCCUCCAUGUGUGGGUUCCCUCUCUCCUCUGCGGUUCUGAGUGAAGCCAGUUUGGAGAGGACAGCCAGACUGGACAUGACAGACGCUCUGGAGCUUAGUGAACAAACGUACCUGGACUUGGCGCGUGCUCUGUGUGAGGCUCUGGAGCUGAGUGAGGGGCAGCUGCCGGGCUGUGCCCCCCUGAGGCACCUCUCUCCUGGGGAGCGGGAGCGGCUGGCCUCCCUGAGGGAGAGAGAUCUGGAGCUCCUGCGCUCACGUCUCGCACUGACCAACAGCCAGGGGCAGCGCACACUACUGCAACUGCAGGAGAGCCAGAGAGAGUUAUACACACUCAGGGCGGGCCAGGCUGAAAUGCAGCAGCUGAGAUCUCGUCUGGAGAGCGUGUGUGUGGAGCUGCAGAAAGAACGUGAGGAGACCGCUCUGCUGAGAGAGGCGCUGGAGCACACACACACACACACACACACACGCCUGGAGCACACACACGCGCAGAGCAGACAGCGCAACGCAAAACAGUCCAGCGCACAACAAAAGGUAGUGUUUGUUGGCAGACCGGAGAGAAGGAGAGUACCACACAACUGUGGGCAGAAAGCAGAGCACGAGGAGAGGUUGUCUAUAGAGCGCAGCAGUCUCCAGGAGAAGCUGAGGAAGAGAGACUAUGAGGUGGAGACACUCAAGAAGCACCUGCGAGAGAGAGAGGAGGAGCUUACACAUGUGACAUCACAACUCACCUGUAUGACAUCACAGACACCCCCACCUGAGACCACACCCACAGAAACAGAUCACUGAAGAGGCGGACGAUAGGGUGUGUGUGUAUGUGUGUGUGCGUUAGAGGGUGACAAUUUUUUGGGACUCCCGCGGGUCACGGUAUUCCCGCGGGAGUCCUGCGGUACGGGAGUCAAUUUCACUGUUGGCAACGUGAUGGGGACGGGACGGGCAGAAAUG